AUGAAAAAUAGGGCAUUCAUCAUUAGUUCUUAAGAUUCCUUCUUCUAUAUUUUGACAUUACAUAUUAUGAAUAAUCCAAAAUUUAUUUUUAAAUUAAAAAAUCAUAAGAGUUGGGUAAAUUUUAUUAUUUUGCAUCCUCUAUAAGAAGACUUAAUUAUAAGAGGAUCUAACGACACCACUUUAAAAUUUUGGGCCUCUCAUCUUCAUCAUUACCUUCUAAUUGGUUUUAAUAAUAAACAAUAUAGCAUAAAUAUAGUUGAUUAAAUACAAAGUGAAUUAUUGCCAACAACAGAAGAAUUUCAAAAUCUUCUAAUUCAGAAAUCAAACAAGUUUAUUGAGAAUAAUAUUUCAUCAUUAACAACAUUUAGCUCUAAUUUUUAGGGAUUUCUUUAAAAAUCUGAAUAAUUUUUAGGCUAUAUUGAAACAAUUAGAGAAUACACAAAUAGUUCACUUAGCAAAGUAGAACAGUUAAAUAAAACUCUCUUAAAUUAAAUAACAUCUAGCAAUAGUCCAUUUCAAUCCUCAGAUAUUUUGAAUUUUUAGACCUCCAUCAUUUAAGGAGACUAUUUAUUGGAAUUCAAUCAAUUAUAGAAUUAGUAUAUCUUUUAACUAAUAAUGCUUAAAGCUAAUUAGAUAAGAUAUUAUUCUCAUUUUACUCGAACUUAAAAAGUGAUAUUGAAAAAAAUUUUCCAUAAUUAGCUGAGAUUGACUUAAUUUUGUAGGUUAAAGAAGAAAAUAAUAAAUAAAAAAAAAUAAAUUCUUACAAUUUAAAAUAAGUUUAAAUAAAAUAAGGAGAAAUAAAGAUAUUAACGAGAGAAGAGUUGCACAACAUUCCUAUCUUAAUUUCUUAAUAAAAUAAUUUAGAAUAAAUUUAUGUAAUAGAUGGAGAGGUAGUAUAAUAAUAGAAGCUUUGGAAUAAUUGACUGUUGAAUAUAAUGAUACUAAUUCUAACAGCCAUUAAAUCUAUCAUUUAGAUUUAAUAAAAUGUUUAAAAUGGAUUGGUAAAUAUGAAACAAGGAAUUAAAAAAUAGGAAGAUGGUCAGCCUUUUGGAGAGGCAGAAAAUUAGAAAAUGUAGGAGGAAUAUACAAUAAAGAAGGAAAAAAAACAAGAUUAUGGGUAGAAAUUUUCAGUAAUUUUUGGCAGUAUUAUUGUUAAGUAUACUUUAAUAGGGAAGCUUAGGUGUUUGAGAAGGGAGAAUAUAAAAAUUAAAAUAAAUAAGGUUAAAGGUCAAUUAUUUAUAAAGGCUAAUUAAUGUACGACAUUUAAGCAAUCAUUUUAUUAGAGGCGGUGGUAAAUAUAAUGAAUUUAGAAAGAAAUAAGGUUAUUAGAUUGAGUUACAUGAAUCCUUUUGCAGGUAAAUAUCAGGAUAUUUAUAGGACAUCCCAAGUUUUUUAUAGAGGAACAUAUUUAAAUGGCUGGAGAAUUGGAAAAUGGGUAACUAUAAAUAAAGAUAAAAUAAUGUAUUAUAUGAUAGGUAUAUUUAGAGGUGGAGGUUAUUUUGAAAGAACUGGAUAAAAAAUUUGAUAUGGAUUGAAUUUUUAAAUUGCUUCCUUGGGUAAUUUUAAAAACAGAUGAGUAGUUAAAGCUUCAUCACUUAAAAAGGAGAAUAUAU